AUGAAUGGGAUAAAGUCUUUAUCAUUGCUGUCGAUAAGAUCGAGGCUGGUUCCUAAUAAUUCUUGUGGUGUUCGGCUCUUGAUGAGAUCUGUAGUCCUACAUCAACAGAAGGCUCCAGUGGAAGAGAAGGCUCAGAAAAUGCAACUCCAACACUCGGUCCUGGAAGAAAUCAUGUUCCGAGAAGAAGAGAAACCAAAGACAACUGCACAGAAAGGUAUGUUUCCCAGAUCUAGCCGGUAUAACCUCAGUUUAGUGAAGAAAGGCGCCGAGAAUACGUUUCUUUACGUCACUGUGCUGGCAUCAGUAGCAACGCUUGGAGGGAUAUCAUAUCUUUUGUUCGAAUACUUCUUUGCUCCCAAUUCUCCCCAAAGGAUUUAUUCAAAGGCUCUGGAGCUAAUCAGAAGUGAUCCACAAUGCCAAGCCCUUAUUGGGUCGAGUAUAACUGGGUUCGGAGAGCAAUCUAGGCGAUCUAGAAGACACAUUGCCAGUCUGGCCUACAAUAAGGGCGACGAGAAGAGAGUUCGGGUCACUUUUCAUGUGAAGGGAGAUCGGGGAGCCGGCCGCGCACAAGUCGAGAUGGUCCAGAAGCCGGGAGAGUCCUGGGGAUACAGAUAUCUGCUCAUUCAGAUGGCCGAUCACAGCGAAAGUAUUGUUCUGAUUGACAAUCGUUAG